ACACUACAAAGUAAUUUUUGGCUCUCUCAUCUCACCUUCUUUACAGGUCUUGCACGAGACCGAGGUUAUCGACCCAGAACGAUGUGGCUCUGAUUUUUUGCGUCCCGUGACCGCCUGUGGAGGCGACUCGUCGCGGUCAAUUUCCUUUUUGGAUUGGGUGCAUGAAAAUCAAGCUCGACGGAUGCGAAGUCGAAGCGAAUGGUUUUUGUCUCCAACGGUGAUGACGUCGCGGCCGGGCUCGGAUGCGCCCGAUCGUGAUUUGUUUGCCAUUAGCGCUUCUGGCCCUGUUGGCUUUGCUGAGGCAGACGAACCACAGAUCUCUGAUAAAGCUCCCCUGAUACAGAAGAAUAUCUCCAAAAUCAGCCGCGGUGAACGCUUUCAUCAAUCAAAAAAGGGGAGGCAAGUGUUAGAGGUAUGUUAA